AUGUACUUCGAUGACCUGUCUCCCCUGGAUGUUCCCGCUGGCACUACUCCCGAUGCAAUGCCGCCAAAUCCUGAAGCUGUGGCGGCUGCGGUCGAACGCAGGAUUCGUCAAGAACGUCUUCAGUCACCUCCUGCGGAACAUCUGCACACGUCUUUUGACCAUAACCACGAGAAGAGACAGGAGUUCCGCCGUCUCAUCGACCCAGGCAUCCUGAGGCCGAACGCGCGGGAGAUCGCACUAGAAGCGUUGCAAACUCUCAAGCAGCUCGCAGAUAAUAUUAUCAAGCACCCGAAUGACGAGAAGUACUACAAGUUUAAGCCUACAAAUUCCAAAAUCAAGCACCUCCUGGUGGAGCCCAAAGGCACUCUGGAGUACGCUGUAGCCCUUGGUUUUCAUCCUAAGGUCGAGAACUUCCAACCGUACUACAUGUUCAACCCGCGACACAUGUCCGAUCUUCGCAUCGGCUCCGCAAUGCUCGAGGAAGCAUUGGAGCGUGAGCUCCCGAAGGAGGAACGCGCCAGACACGCGCGAGAGGCCGAGAAGGCAGCCAGUGAAGCUGCUGUGGCGAAUAUUAAACAGGCAUUUUUGGAUGAUCGGAGAUCCAGGGCCCUGCAGGCGCGAAGAGAAAGAGAAACGCGAGAGGCCAUCGAAGCGGCAGCUCGUCGGCGAGCAUCUCUCCCACCAGCAUCUCCUCCCACCACGCAGGCAUGGGAUGAUGCUUCAGGGCGCACACUACAGGAUGAUGCUGACACUGGCUCUCCGCCUCCAUACGUAUGA